UGUGACCAGAGCAGAGAAGAAGGUGAGUCGGUGUGUCAUUUGCUAGUGCAAUGGAUUAUUGUUUUUAUUGAAAUAAUUAUUCUGCUAAUGAGCUAAUUUUCGGUGUACUAACUGACAGAGCUGUAGUUACAAUCCCCAGCAUAGUAAGGGGGGGUGUUCCCAUAGAUACAGUAUAAGUUUUAAAUAAAACUGAGCUAAAAUGGGACAUAAUAAGAGCUUUAAACAGAUAGAAAUAUAAUCUCAAUCAGACAAAAUCUAGUUAAACUUAAUGUGGGGAUUCAGUGACACUAAAAGCCAGCCCCAGCAAGUGAAAUUAAUUGAGGAUAGAAUUUGAGUUUUCUCAACAUAGGAUUGAAACAUGCAGGACUCCUUUUAUUUACUGCACUGUGCUGCUAAAAUAUAGUGGAGUUCUCUAAAUAUAGAGACUUUAUAGCAGUUAGAACUGGGAAUUGUGAGUCAUUUUUAUCAAACACUUUUUCUUUUCUUUUUUUGCACAAAUAAAUGUUAUGUUUAGAAAGUGAUGGAAAUGGGAGGGGGAGAGGGCUUAAUUUUAAGGAUUGUCAAUUUUGUAGAGCAUUACAGAAGUAAUAUAAAUGGACAAAUGUAUGAAAAAAAUGAUAUGAUAAAAAAAUAAAAUAAUGCAGGCACAAAUAAAGUACAGAACCUAUCAGGAGACCCAGCUACACAGAGAAGGGGAGGGUCACCUGAAGAACCCUACUGCGAUUUAUACCAGAGCUAGGUUCUUCGCUCUCGAACAUGUGAGUGUUUUAAUAUUAUUAUUAUUAUUAAUAUGUUUGUAAAUUUUAUUGCACUGUUAUACUUUUUUCGUCUUUUAUGGUCCACAUUCUUGGCUUACAACAUUUUAUCAGGUUUCUUUAGGAUCUUUUAAGACAUAUAUGUUCACUACCACCACACACAAUUCACUUUUAUUGGAAAAAUAAAGUGCUACGCUGUUGGUUAAACAGUAUUGUUGUGUUGAGAGAGAUCGCACAUUUCAGUGGUAUAGCGUCUGCGUUUUAUAUUAUACUAGUCAGCUUUUGCACAAAUUUUAAAUCGCUAUUAUAAUAUAGUGCUGGUACAUAUUUUACGUUUUAUACUAAAGAAAGGGCUUAAUGUAAUUUGUAAAGGUGAAGCAAGCAUAUAGCAACAAAUUGCCAUUAUGUCAUUUUAGUGGAGCAACCUGGUACUAAUUAAAACCAUUAUAAUUGGGAAACGGGGGUUCCACUUCAAUUACUAUAUUUUCCAAAAUUGGACUUGAUUGUAUUUGAUGAGAUAAGGACUUUUAAGUAAACAGCAUGUUCUCCAUAUAAAUAAAACAGAAAACCUGCUAGUCAAUCACAACGGGUAAACUUAUCUAAUUUAAUAGAAUCUAGCAUUAGAGAUGUCCCGAACUGUUCGCCUGGACAGCUCAUUAAGAAUGCAGCUUCACAAUGGAUCCUCUCCAGGAGGAGGGAGGGUCUGCUGCUGAUUGGCUGGAAUGUGUCUGCUGACUGUGAGGUACAGGGUCAAAGUUUACUCAAUGAUGAGUCCGUGGCGAACCGUUCGGCGAACAGUUUCGGGACAUCACUAUCUAGCAUAUAUGUCUACAUGUAUGAAAAACAUAUGCUAUUUAUUAUAGUAUUUAUAUAGUAUACUGCGACAAUACAUUUUGAGUUUAUUAUCUAACUGUGUUCAUUUUAAGAUAAUGUCAUACUGCCCAGAGGUGAGAGAGGAUGGAGGACCUGUGUAUGUUCGUGAAAAUGGAAAGCUGUUCCUUGCUGGGUCCCAUUUAUCUAACAGCAGAACACGCUCUGUUGGUCUUUUCUCCAGAGCUUUUUCCGUGGAGCUGUGUCUGAAACAUGAAGAUGCAAGCAGGCACAAGGAAAAGUCUUUCUUCUUCACCUACACCGAGCAUGGCAGCUUGCGGUACUCUGCCAAGCCACUUUUCAACCUGACUCUUGAUUUCAUUGCCGACAACAUUCAGUAUGUGGAUUCUCUCAUUGGAUUCCCAGAGCAGAUUGCAGAGAAACUUUUCACUGCCGCAGAAGUUAGACAAAAAUUUCACAGGCCUGGCAGUGGGCUCAAAGCCUUGCAGAAAUUUACAGAGGCUUAUGGUGACCUAAUACUGUCCUCUCUGUGCCUUAGGGGCAGGUAUGUGCAAUGUGGCCUCUCAGCUUGCAGUGGUUUUUGCUGUUUCAGUAUUAUUGCAAGAAAUAUAGUGGGGGGGGGGGGUUAUUCUUUAUUUUUGUGGUGCAUUGAUAUACAUAAACGGUUUGAACUGACAUAAUAGUUAAGGCAUAUAUGACAAUAAAUAUUUACUGAAUAUGUCAAGGAUUACUGCAAUCAUUGUUUAAAAAGUAAGACUAAAGUAUUUAAGGAGAAGCUUGCUUGACAAGGUGAUUAGUAGGUAAGUGUAGGUGAUAGACUAGUGAGAGGAAAUUGCAACAGAAUGUCGGUUAAGGUUAUGAAAACGACAAACAUUAAACACGCUUAAGUGACUGACACAUAGCAUAUCAAAAGGUACCACUGGACAUGUAAAUAGACUAUACAAGGGCUGUCAGCAUAUAGUAGGCUAUGUGGUAGUGGAACCUUGUUCAGCCUAUGCCCGACAUAUAAUGCAUGAGGACCCAGAGAGAGAGAUCACAGAUGUCCCACUGAACUGUACCCUUCCAGUUACAGGCCGCUGCACCCUUCUCCCAAGUCUCUAAGUGAUCCGCAUACAUGGGAUGAUCUUGUGGCCAGUUGCCAGAUUUCUUCAUAGCAUGAUGAGUAAGGGCCUUCUGCGGGUGUGAGAAAUAUAGUGUUUUAUAAAGAUUUUGGGUGGCAUAGUAAUUUAGUUGGUAUCCCUGGUUUGCUGUCCUGUUGCCAUGCUUUGUGAUUCUAUCUUCAAUUUCCCGGAUGAAGCAUAUUUAUGUAACUGUAAGGUUAACCAUAAUUUCUCAAUCCUGUACUGCAGGGUGAGUGGCGUCUCACCAUCCCUUGGAUAUAGUCUGGUAUUAAAGACACCAUUGUGAAAUUGGCGAAGCUGUUACCUCCCAUAAGAUGGGCAUUGUUAGAUACCCUACAUUACUGACUCGCUUUUCAUCAAUUAGCGGCCACCCAAUUCUAAAUGAAUUUUAGAAAGAGAUUGAUUACCACCCCUCUUAUUCUUUUGCACUGGACCCAGGCCUGGUCAGCCUGAUAUGUGUUUCCUCCUGAUAUAACUAGUGUACUACUUUAAUGACAUUUACCAAUUAAUGUUUGAUUAUAUUUUUAUGCUUCUUUUCAGGUAUUUGCUAGUGUCUGAGAAAUUAGAGGAAAUUCAGUCUUUUCAAGGUCUACGCUCUCUGGACUUGUCAUAUUGUAAACUGGGAGAUGAACAUGAACUGAUUGGUCACUUUACCUCUGAAGCACUGAACAGGUGUGUUGUACUUUAUAGCAUCACAGAGGGGGGAUUCAAUCCUGCUCUUGAUAAUAAUGCAUUUUUAGUGGUAUGGUAAUGCUUAAAGUGAGCCAGUCAAGUAUAACUGUAAAUGAAAAUCUCACCAGGAAGUGUCCCUAAGUUAGACACAUAGCAAUAUGUCCGCGUACCUCAAAUCCUCAUAGAUUGUAAGCUUGUCUAAAUAUCUUCUUUCUGUAAUUGUACAGCGCUGCAGAAUAUGUUGGCGCUAUUAAUGCUAAUAAUAAUAAUAUUUUGCUUUGGGCAUUGAUUGUUUUAACCACAGAAUCCACACGACUGAUACCCACAAUGCUCUGCUCCUCUGCUUUAUGGUAUUAAGCUUCAUGAAUCUGUAGUGUACACCUCCAUUCUGAUGGCAUAGAAGCCUUGGUGUAUACCCUCCACAUUCCAAGUGUAAUCAUUGUUCUUUAAUGGCUAGCUUGAUGUAAAGACUACAUUUUAUUACCUUUAAUGAUAGUAUUUUAUUUUAUCUUUAAACAGUCAUCAAUUAUUUCCUAUGUAUAAUGCAGUGCAAUGUUGCUGAUGAGAUGCAUUUGCUUCUUGCAGCUUGCAGGAAUUAUACUUGAAGGACAACUGUUUGUCAGAUACUGGAAUCCGGAGAAUGACAGCCCCUACACGUGUCCUGCGUAAGGGGCUUGGAAACCUCACAGUGUUGGAUCUCUCAGGUGAGUUAAGUGUCUGCUAAUACUCGCAUUGUCUUUAAAGGGUUACUCCAAUAUGCACAAAAUUAACAUUAGCCACCCAAAACCUGUGUUACAAUAGGUGGCGUUAAACCGGCAGCAGAGAGGUUAAGCUCUGCAUGAUCAACAUUUCACAGUUAAAUGCUGCACAUACACACUGCAGGCACUGUGACCACUUCAAGUUAAGUGAAUUGGUUAUGGUGCUUGGGGUUACCCUAUAAUAUUGUACAAUUGUAAUGCAAUAAAUGGUACAUUAGAUCUGAAGAUUUUUUGGCUUUUUAUCUGUAUCAAACUUAGCCAUGUGCUUAGAGGUUUUCAGUAACUUUUAUAAGUACUGGGAGUGUACUAUCACCUACAGUAGGGCACUUACCCUUUUCAAUAAAUUCACAGCUGAAUUUGGAUUACAAGAUGGUUUUUCUACCCAAACUAUAGUGGCUUUUGCCACUUACAUUUAAAACUGUCCCACAAUACAAUUAAACUAUACCUCAUGGCGGUGCAGCAUCAUAGCCUCACAAAUUUCCCUAACAACAUCCCCUUUUUGUUAUUAUACGCCAUCAAGAAAAUCUUAAAGGGUAUCUCUAAAGUUUCGGUUCCACUUAUCACCACCAGUCUACCGAUAGAUGGGCCUAUCUUUAGAUUACUUAGCAAUCUCCUUGACUAAUCCCCAUUUGAUCCCAACACAAACCUGGUGAUCAAGUCUGCUAUCUAUUUAGCUUUUUAUGGGUUCCUAAGACCUAGGGGAUUUACCGUUGUUUGUCAAGGAGAUAUCCCACACAGCCUUAAAACCUCACAAAAGUAGAGGAUUACUAUGUUCUCACGAUUCCAUCUACCAAAACUAAUCAUUCACUACACCCCACUAUCAUUCCCCUAUUUCCAACAGAUAAUGCUUGGUGUCCGGUUAAGGCACUAGACCACCUACCGUCAACUCAUAACACGCACUUACCAGACUCACCGCUCUUACAACUACAAGGGCACCCACUCACCACAGCAAAAUUCACCAUGUAAGAAUCUUAUUGGAAAAACUGGGUUACAACCCAGCUUCGUUCUCCGGGCACUCCUUCCGCAUAGGAGCUGCUUCAUCAGCUUCUAGUACAAACACCCCGGUCCACAUCAUAAAGAGACUGGGUCGUUGGAAAUCCUCCAUAUACAAUACGUACAUUCCACGACCAGAAAGAGAGCUCCGCCAAGCCUUCAGGAAUUUAGUUAUGUAAUAAAUGCAAUAAAGUGUGUUUUUUUGUUUUUUUUUAGAACUUCUCUUUGCCCUCUUUUAUUUACAGGCCCACUCAAACGUUGGUUUCGGCACACCACAACCAACUUUCAUCUCGGACACUAUCCAUUACAUAUUAAAUUCCAAGAACAAGUAGAAAGGCCAUUAGGCCUGAAUUUGUGGGAGGAGUAAGUCCCCUACUUAAACUCCCAGCCCCUACUCACCUCUGACGUUCAAGUUCAAGUGUUCCCCACCCACCAGCACCCUUAGAACAUACAGUUCUCCUAGGUGGGCCCUCUUUUAUUUACAGGCCCACUCGGACGUUGGUUUCGGCACAUCACAACCAACUUUCAUCUCAGACACUAUCCAUUACAUAUUAAAUUCCGAGCACAAAUAGAGUUUUUUACUAAACAAGACUUGCUGACACUUCUCCAGAAAAUUGCAUAUUUUAAGCUAAAACAUAGAUGAUUUGGAGGUUUAUUUAUUUAAAUUCAGCUAUUUAGGCUUCAGGUGGGAAAUUCUUGGAUAAACUUUAGGCAAUCCAUAGUUUUAUGACAGUCAGUAUACAGUACAGUACAUACAGUCAGUAUGAAUUUCAAAAUUUUAGCUGGAACUAAAAAAAUAAAAUUCACAGUCAAGUAUUUUUUCAAUUCAAUAGUAUUGGCCAAAAAUUUUACAUUCACUUUUUUACCCAACAACUCAAAACUCCUGUAUGUUUUGUUAUUUUUGUACCAGAUAACCAAGGAAUCACAGACAUCGGGGUAACGUUCCUGUUUGUUUUUAAAAUGCUUCACUUCUUGGAUAUUUCUGGUACAUCUAUACAGGUGAGAUAUUUUAGAGAGAAUUCAGGGAAAUGUUUGAUAAGCAUUUGAGGCGGGAAAGUCACUGUAUUGCUUCCUAUUCAAAUACAAGCAGAAAUUACUUUUAAAUGAACAGUGCCAUGAUACCAGGCUGAGAAGAUGGCUAAUACGAUGCUAAGAAUGAUAAACAAACUUAUAAUGUCAUAUAUGUUUUAUGGAUUACAUCUCCAGAUAUCACUGGGGAGGGGGGGAGGCUGAGAGUGAUGGCUACUGCAUUCCCACUGCAGCUGGAGAGCUAGUGUUGACUACCCAAAUUUUGUAGAUGGCCCAAUGAUUGUAAGAGCAUUAAAAUGUUGCACAUCAAACCUAUUUCAAAGUAGGUCUGUUACUUGGUCGGGUGUUUAGGCUUUGGGUUUUUGUUUGUCUUUGGUAAAACACACAAAGGUGGCAUUCAUUACAAAAAAACCCUAUGUCUUCCGAUAGGUUGCAUUGCUGCUCUAUCGCUGUUGCCAUCUAGUACAUGCACAAUAUAAGCCUCAAAAUAUAUACUUUGCUUAGAAAUACUUUUCAAACUCUGGUUUUAGCCACUCAGAUGUGCAAAUCAUUCACUGUUUAGUUAAAGCCUUUCCAUGUAUGUGUCUGGGGCAGACAAUGAAUCUGUCACUGUUUCUGUUUGAAGCAAUUAAGUAUUACACAAAAAAAAUAGAGUAAGUGUCCCAUAUUUAUUUCUAAAAUAUUAAAGCAUUUUAUAGAUUCAUUUUCAUUUAUCUUCAGGCUGGCAUUAAAAAGCUUUGCUUCAGGGUCAUAUUAGUAAGGAAGCCAGGUUAGACAUCGAAAAGGAACUUGAAGGUUUUUUUUUUUGUUUUUUUGUGGUUUCCUGUUUACUCAUGGCUGGAUCCGAAUUUGGGAGAAGUAUUUUGAUAAGUAGUGACAUGUUGGGUAUAUGCAUGUCAUGCUAGUAUACACUUUUUUGCUGGAGAUCAAAGUUAAUUUAUGAAAUAUUAAAGGAACUGCUAAAUGGUGUGUUAAACAAACACUAUAAGGUCAGGAACACAAACAUGUAGUGUGAAAAGCACCAUUGAGCCACCCUGUCACCUCUUUACCCUCCUAAAUAUAGUAAAAACUUACUUUUAUUCCAUGCUGCUGACUCUGUCUCUGAUCUGCCUGCUUGGCUGACAUCAUUAGAAGUGUUAUUCAAAGCCAAUCACAAUGCUUUCCCAUAGGAAGGCAGAUCAGGGGCAGAGCCAGCACAAGCCAAACACAGCCGUGGCAAAUCAGCAUCUCCUCAUAGAGAUGCAUUGAAUCAAAGUUCGGUGUCUCCAUGCAGAGGGUGGAGACACUGAAUGGCAGUGCUGUCCACUGUGCAGCAAGCACCUCUAGUAGCCAUAUGAGGAGUGGCCGGUGGAGGUAUCCCUGGGCUGUAAUGUAAACACUCUCUUUCUGAACAAAGUGUCUACAACAAAAAGCCUGAAGGGAAUGAUUAUACUCACCAGAACAAAUACAAUAAACUGUAGUUGUUCUGGUUACUAUAGUGUCCCUUAAUUUAUACAUGGACUACAUCUGUGUACCAGAUUAUCCCAAGGACCUGCAGUACAUUUGCAACAAUACAUCUAUAAUGCUAUUCUAAAUGAGAAACGUUAAUGUUUUUUUUAUCAAUCCAGAAUUAAAAUGUUCUUUUUUUCCCCUCUGAAUUUAUAGGAUGCUACCAUUGGAAAGAUCGAGAAGAGCAUUGGAUUAAAACAUUCCAAGGAACAGCUAACUCGGUUUGAUCACGUGAACUGCACUACUGAGGGCUGGGCUGAACAGGUACACACAGUAAUUUUGUUUCAGAGCCAUGCAGACAUUUUCUUCGUAUCUCAGCCCUAUUCCAUUCUUUAAAUAUUGCUAUAAUUAUGCUUUUUAAAUAAACCGUUAAUGUAGUAAUGUAUGUGGCCAUCACAUUGUAAACAUUGUGUUUUGGAACCAAUUUCGUGAUACAGUCUUUCUUUUUGUUUCCAGCUUUUCAAUCAGUGGGAAAAAUAUAUCCUCUCAGCCAUUAAAUCAAAGCGAAAAGACAAGGCAAAACCACAGACUGCUGCCCAGACAUUUUGUGCGUACAUUGAUCACAUUCAAUUCUUCAAACCCUCCAUCCUUUUCUGUAUCACCUAGAACUCGCAAAGUCUUUUAGUGUUAUGAACAUGCAUUUCUCAUCAUUAGGUGGUGUCACAGGUCAGACAGACAGUGCUUCACCUAUAAGUGUUCUGUAACAUGUGUAGCCCUUGAGUACAUGCUACGACGGACAAUAAUACUUACAGGGCUAUACAGCGUUACUUUUCUAUAACAUGACGUCAACAUAAUGUAACCAAAAGAAUAAUCCCCAGUCUGGGAUUACCCUGCAUACACAGGUGACUUUGAGUAUCAUAUGUGGUGCGGGUGGUGGAUUCAACAACGUGUGGAGGACAUCAUCUUACAUGUUUUUGAGUUUUCAUAGAAUUAAUUGAAAUCAGUUCUAAAGUUCUAAAAGUUCCAAGUGCAAAGGCUGCUUGCAACCUGUAUUUAUUUUUGUUUGUUUUUUGGCAGGGGGGGUGGGCGAGAUUAUGCAAAUGCCCCAUAAACGACAAUGAGGUUGCUUUUAACAAUUCUGCUUUACCAUGUUACUUUAGUUUACUCCGGAUACACAAAGUUGUUGGAUAAUUUGCUGUAAAACAGGUUUGACAUCUAACAUCUCCAGCUAUUUUCAAUUAAUUUCUCAAAAUUCUAUGGUUUAUAAUAGUAUGCCUUUAAAGCAAGUGCAGUCGAUAAGUAGAUCCAUAACUGCUUUUGCACUAAUUGUGAUCCACAGCUACAAUUUUGUCCGAACAGAGAUUAGCUGCAAAUUGUUGUUCAGUAACUGCAAGAAAGCUACAUAUUGGGUAUUUGAAAUCCAGGGGAUUAAAAAAUGUCUGUGGGUGCAGAGUAGAAUUGAAUACUGUUCAGAAACUAAAGAAUCAAAAUAAGAGAAUUUGGGGGAAUGUAGAGGCCAACGCAGGACAAUGCUUUUGUAAACCUAGUGGACAAAAGUGGCAAAAAUAUCUUCAUAUAAUUAUUUUUUUUUCCUUCUAGAUCGAAAGGAAAAGAAACAAAGCCAACAGGAUUUAAAAAUGUGUAUUUUGCAAAACACACCAACACAAGCACGCAAACACCUGCAGUUUUACAAGCUACAGGCGAAAGAGAAUGACACAGUGUACUCUGAGUCUACUACAAAUGAAAACUCAACCAACAGAGCUCUAGAGAAUGGAAGACAAGCUACAAAUCCGGACCCAAAUACAAAACAGCCAAGUUUUACAUUUUCUGAUGCAGACUGGGAAAUGUUAAACAGUUACUAAACUUGAGCUCUUGCUACCCAGAAAGUGGUCCUAGAUCCACUGUGAGCCCUUUUCUUAUGACUUCUCCAUGAGAAGUAUCCCAGUAACUCAGUUUUCUAAUUUACUCUGAAACAAAAUACCAAACUUCCUCUUACUCAUUUUUCUUAUGGGCAGACAAGUUUGGUGGUGAUCUGAAGAGUAAAUUUGCACUUGAAAUCGUUUGUCAGUAAGCUACAAUGUGUAUUGUAUUCACUUUUUGUUUUGACAUCGUGAGUGGAUACUUGGUUCUUGUUUGCCUGUGGAUGUUGUCAGUGCACUGAAAGCACACUGCAGGCGCUGCUCUACAACAGGCCAGUGACUGAGUCAUAACUAUAUAGGAUUGAUUCACUAAACUAAGAGUUGUACCCUAAAAUAGCUAGACUUUUUCUAGUUUGAUUAUUUUGGCCUCAAUUUUAUGUUAUUUUCUUAUCAGCUCUCCACUGUUCCUAGUUUAGUGUAUAAACCCAUGUAUGUUAUGCUUUCUGUGUAGCUGACAAGCAAGUUAUGAAAUUCACGGUUAAAAAAAAAAAAAAAUAGGAAAAAUAUCCAACUUGGUCUCUUUUAAGACAUUUUCCAUCUUGACUAUUUUGACAUUUUUUUUCCAACUUUCUGUCGGCUCACUGUUUAUAGUGAACUGGCCCAGGAAACCAAGACAGGAAGGGGUUGUUUAUCCCGAACUAUAGUUUUUUUUUGUCUGAGAGUGUCCAGUCCCCACAAUAGCACUUACAUUGCUAGGAUCUAAUCGAGGCAAUAGCAUUUUGUAUCUUUUUGAGUUGAGAAUAAAUUUGAGUUUCUGAAAGUUCCAAUAUCCUGAAUUCAUCAGGAUCCAGUCAGCUCAGUGCUUUGUCUAUAUGUCCAAAAUAUUCCAGAAUUUCAUCUACCUACCUUGGGAGUGGAUAAACCCUCAAUGUUUCAAUGAUUAUUAAGGGUAUCUUGAGAAAUGCAGAGGUUAUCACACUACCAAUAAACCCACAUCAGUGGGCAGAUUUAUAAACUUGGUGAAUACACACA